AAAUGGACAACUUCAUGGGUCAGACAUUCAGGGUGGUAGUGAUGCCUUAUCCAGUAAUUAUCGAUUAUGAGAAAGGCAAAGAGCCAGGCACUCCGCUGACUCCCAAGGACUCCCUCGACGUACACAUGCUUGACAUCAUCGCUAAACAACUCAAUUUCACGUAUGAGCUUCGAGAACCCUUGGAUAAGAAGUGGGGGACUCGUGCAGAUGACGGAAACUGGACGGGGAUCGUUGGCACCCUUCAGCACCAGCAGGCGGACUUCUCCCUCGACCUUACACUCACAGAGUCAAGGAGCCGCGUCAUGGACUACUCCAGGGUCUAUUAUCAGGAUCCUAUUGUUAUUGUGUCGCCAAAGCCUACUCCUCUUCCCCGGCACCUGGCACUCACCAGACCAUUUGAAGGGGAACUUUGGUUGGUUGUUGCUGUUUGUACAUUAGUCCUCGGCAUCAUCUUGUGGCUGCUGCAGAAGAUAUGGUCAUGGGCAUCUGGUGACCGAGGCGCCAGUCUGGUGUCUACUCUCUUUGACAGCUGGGGGAUGCUUCUUAUGAAACCAGUCACAGAGAUUCCCACUAACACCAAUGGGCGGGUGCUGGUAGGAUGGUGGUUGCUGACGUGUGUGAUCAUCACCACAGCCUACCGUUCCUCCUUCAUCGCCCACCUGUCCGUCCAGAGCAAAUAUCCACCUAUUAACAACUUUCAGGACCUGCUCAACCGUGACGGCUGGUCUUGGGGUUCUAAGACUAUUCAGGGAUCUGUUUUUAUCUACUUCAACCAAAGUUCUGAUCCUGACAUACAAAAAAUAUUCAGGAAAAUGGAAAUUUAUUCGAUGGAGGAUGGUUUGAAGCGAGUCUUAACUGGAGGGUUCUCCCUUAUAGUGGUUAAAAUUCAUGUGAGAGUCCAUGCAGGAGAGAUCUUCUUCGACCAGUAUGGCAACUCGCCCUACCAGUUGGCCAGGACAGAGUAUCCCAUUUUUGGGGGUAACGUCUGGGGCUUCCGACAAGGAGCACCAUUUACGAGUAAGAUCAGCAAAAUGAAGGGACGACUGAUAGAGGCGGGACUUCUGAAUUUAUGGCUGGACGACAUCAUAAAAACUCAGACUGAGUUGAAAGAAACUGAACGAGAGAGAGAGAAACUCACACUGGAUACUGAGGAAAGCUCGACUCAGGUGGUGCUGGGGCUUGACCACCUUCAGGGCGGGUUUUACCUGCUGUUGUUGGGUUGUUACCUCGCCUUCCUCGCCUUUAUAGCAGAGAUGAUCGUCCAUUGCUGACUGAAAUAUUAAGAUUCAUUAUUUGUUGCUGAAGAUGAAUCACUACUUGGUACAGCAAUACAAAUUCAUGGUUAAUGCAGUUACCAAAAAGCGAUUUUACUGGCGUGGAAAAGUUCCUUUACUUAUAUGUAGCACAUAGUCUCUUCUGAAAUAAAUUGUAUCCUGAUUU